AUGCCAUUAAAAGAAAGUCCUUCUGCUCCCACUUCCAAGAAGAAGAAAACGGCCAAAGCUUUAGGCCUGAAGAGAUCGGAACUCGAAGAAUUAUCGGAACUUCAAUUAAUUAUGGCUUGUUCGGACUUCAACGUUGAUGAACAUAAUACUGGUUUGAAUUCAGAGAGAUUGAACUCUCCGUCAUUGGAUUCUUUGAGUGAAAAUACUGUGUCAUCAUCGUCACCCAAAACAACGAGAUCAUUUAAAUCACCUUCAAGAAGAAGAACCUCUCCGAAAAGUGAUUUGACCUCUACCGUUGCUUCAUCAUCAUGUGAAGACGCCUCACAGCAUUCAAGAAUUAAAGAAGUUACACAACAGUCUUCGACGACAUCCGAAUUGAAUAGGCACACUAUUCACGAUGAGCAGCAGCAGCAACAAAUUGAGACAAACCAAGACGUCUCUUCAAAUUUAGAUAGUAUUGUCAGCUAUUUAGAAGAGGGAGAGUCAUUUCAAUUUUCAGACACUCACAUUGCAUUACUCAAAAUUCGACAAGAAAUUGACACUGCCAUUCUCAGUUGCAAGCACAAGAUGAAAUUCUUUUUUCCUCCCAUUAUUCUUAAACAUUUUCUGUUUCAUGAGGACAUAAUUCCCAAUCAAACUCCAACACAAAUAGAAAAAACUCUAAAUGAAAUGAUUGAAAGUCAUGAAAUUAGAAGAUUCUAUAUAGAUCGAAAAAUGUAUAAGGAUAUUUUCGGAUAUGUAUUUACAGAGGAUUAUAUCUCAACCAUCAAGAAACAACAUGAAAAUUAUUUAACACAGUUAGAACAACAAUAUGAAAACUCACAAGAGGAUGAUUCUCGAAUUAUUUCAGGUAUACCUUAUUUCAUGUAUAAAAAUCAAGAAGAAUCGAGAAGGAAGAUGAGUGAAACAAUGAAAAAACAACUGGCACAAGUGAUUUCUAACUUUUGUGCAAAUGUUCUCCCCAAUGUGACGGAACCAUUUAUUGAAAAAUCCGAAUUGGUUGAUUUUCUAUUUCCAGACGAAACUGAAGAGAAGCAAAAUUCAAAACACGAUGAAGUCAUUACCUUACUCAUGACAAUAGGUGCAUUAACUAUCAAAGAUAUAGACUCCUUCUACUUUGCCAUUCCUAAUCUUUCACAAUUCAUGUUCUACAUUGACAAUGGAAGAAAAGAAAUUCUCUCCAUAUUGAAAAGAAAACAAUUCAAGGAAAUUAUGGUUCACUCUCUCCUUCAAAGACCUCUCAAGAAUACAAUAUUCAAUCCCAUGUUUCAUAUUCGAGACAUGAUUGGCGAUGGUGAUGUCUCUGUGAUUGAUAUCAAUGGCCAGAAAAUGAUUCGAAUAAGAUGA